GUUGAUCCGGAUUCCUAUCACGAUGAACUCAAAGAGACCAUCAAGGGAGGAGGAACUCAUCAAUCAGGCAAUCAAGCAGAUAGAACGUGUCAUGGCUACCUGCAACAUGCUCAUUGCGACGUAUGACAAACACAGGCCAGCAACAACACCACCGAGGCUGCAAAUCAAGACCCUGGCCUCCAUGGGAGAGGUGGAGAUUGUCGUCCCACCUAUAGCAACCGCACCGCUACCGUCGCAAGCUGAAGCUCUAGCCGAGUUUCUAGAGGAUGCGGAGGAAGACGCUGAUGUCGUUGACAUCGCACUGCCUGCACCAUUGAUGUCAUCCUUCCCUCUUGUCGCGCCAUCGACUGUCUCCGAACCACUGUCGCUGCAAGUCAAAUCCAUCGCCGCCGCUGAAGAGGGAGAGAACCCUCUCCUACCCGCAGAACCUCAGUUGUUCCUUGCCAUCAUCACGAACAAACAACCAGCCCCAGCGGAUGAGACUGAGCCGAACCAGCUGGUGAUUAAGGCGGCGGCCGCACUGGAGCUUUCCUCGCCAGAACCUAUCGCCGUUGACAUAGGCAUCAACGAUACCAUCACUACAACACCUAAGACCAACGUGCAGUUUCAGAUUGAUUCCGCCUACAAAAGGGUUUCAAACCAUUCUCAAACGAUGGACCAAGGGUUGACCAGUGUGGCUGUUGAAGUUGACGCAGAAAAUCCUCUCUUCUCGAUGACCGGAGGCACAAACCAAUCCACCAAUUCAAGAGCUGCCCUGCCGAACGCCUCAAACAACAACAAAAUAGCAGAUCGGGUGGCAGUGGAGAUGUUUCCUUGGGAGGCUCGAUUACAGGAUGGAAAAGAAAGACAAAUGAUCCCCAUCAGAUCUGCCAUUUCAUGGAAAUUCAGAAGGAAAAGGGAGUUGGAGAACGGUGGCCGAGAGCGCAACGGAGAAGAAGGAAGUCGCAGAGACGAUGGGAUCUGCAAGAUGGCGGUAGCUGGGUCAAAAUUUGCGGGUUUAGGUAUCGAAGAUGGGCUGACCAUUCAGGGCUGCGUUGGGCCGACGAUGGGUGGAUUAACGGGAGGCCUUCUCUAUGAAAUGAAACCCAGUUCUGCGGGCACUAAGGACGAGACCAUGGGAUGGAAUGGAGCUGAGUCGAGAUUGGGGGAGAAAGGAAUGAUGGAAAUGCGACAUCAAGCUUACAAGGCCUGUGAAAUUCAUAAUCUUUCACAGCAGAUGGACCCUUGCUUAAUUAAGGACUUGAUUGUCGGUACAAUUGAAGAGAAGGGUACGGGUGAUGGUUCAGACAAGUGUGAUCUGAUUUUGAAAUUUGGGAGAGGGGUUUGGUUUCCACAUAGGGUUGCCGAGAUGGAGGUGCCUAGUGGUGCAUUGUUAUUAUUCGGAGGGUUAAUACAAGUGCAGGAGAUACGUGUGAUUAGUGAAGUAAAGCAUGGGGUGCAUGGAAGGAUGGUAUGGGAAGAGGAAUUUCACAGCUUGGUCUUGGCUGUCGAAGAAGCUGAUCUUGUAGGAGUAACCCAUUCCUUCACCGUAGAGAUGAAGCUCUUGUACAUAGAAAUUGUCGAUGUUGGCUUUGUUCGAGUGCCUCAACGGAGUUGGAAGUUCCGUAUACGCGAAAGAGAAUACAUGGAACCUGACAUCGGUCUUCAACGAUCACUAUUUCCAAGCUCGGCCUUGAGGACAAGGCCGUUUUCAGUGGAUGGUAAUGAUGAGCCCAUAAUCGCUCAGUUCGAGUGUCGUAGCCCAACACUGCUGCCAUAAGGAUGAGAAAUAGCCCAGCCCAUGCCGAGAGAAGCUUGUCGUUGUAGGAGUCCGUUUGUUUCUGUUAGUUGAAUGGGUUGACAUACUUGUUAGGAUCUUUUGAGUUUGGCGUAAUAAGUGGAGCAAGUUCAGCAAUGUGGUUGUUGAACGUGGGGAGUAGUUCCACCAAGUUAGUACUGCAUAGUUUCUUUUCAAAUGUUGAUGUAUUUAAGUUAAAGGGUAAUGAAAUAAUAGGAAGCAG